UGUGGGGCGCCGUAGCCCACGCCGUUGCCAGGGGAACGGGCCCAGCGCCGGACGAGGCCCAGCCAGCGUCUGCCUGGCCGGGUGGUACAGCCAGCCCGCUCGACUCGGAGCCGGAGGACUUGCGGGCCUAACCUCCGCCUCGCGUCACGGAAUGGGGCUCGGAUCCGGGGCGCACCGCCGCCCGGUCCCAGGGACCGUCUCUACCGCGCGAGUCUGAAGCGCGGCCGCUCUGGGGUGGGUGGACGGCCGGGCGCUGGGGCUGAGCCGCUGAGUGACCUUGGCAGGGCCGAUCUGGCUCGGCCGACGACGCGCAGGUGGGCAUCUCUACCCCUGUUUUUCAGAUGAAGAAACUCAAGCCCUUCAGCUAGUAAGAAAAGAACCAGAAGUUGAACCUAGAUCUGUUUCCUCCAAAGCUGGGGUUCUUUUCCCACCUUUCAUUGGUUUUUACUGAAGACAAAGCAAAUGACCAAAGGAUUCCAAUGUUUUCAAGUCAGCAAACAUUACUGAGCGCCUACUAUGUACAAGAUGAACAUCUGCAACAAGCCCUCUAACAAGACAGCCCCUGAGAAGAAUGUGUGGACCGCACCUGCACAGGCCAGCGGACCCUCCCCGGAGCUGCAGGGCCAGCGGUCCCGCCGGAAUGGGUGGAGCUGGCCCCCGCACCCACUCCAGAUUGUGGCCUGGCUGCUGUACCUCUUCUUUGCUGUGAUUGGCUUUGGGGUCCUAGUUCCCCUCCUGCCUCACCACUGGGUACCUGCUGGCUAUGCUUGCAUGGGUGCCGUCUUUGCUGGUCAUCUCGUGGUGCACCUGACUGCUGUUUCCAUCGAUCCAGCAGAUGCCAAUGUGCGGGACAAGAGCUAUGCAGGGCCUCUGCCCAUCUUCAACCGCAGCCAACAUGCACACGUCAUUGAAGACCUACACUGCAACUUGUGCGACGUGGAUGUGAGUGCUCGUUCCAAGCACUGCAGCGCCUGCAACAAAUGCGUGUGCGGCUUUGACCACCACUGCAAGUGGCUCAACAACUGUGUGGGCGAGAGGAACUACCGGCUCUUUCUACACAGUGUGGCAUCUGCCUUACUGGGCGUCCUGCUCCUCGUGCUGGUGGCCACUUAUGUCUUUGUGGAGUUCUUUGUCAACCCCAUGCGGCUGCGUACCAACCGCCACUUUGAAGUCCUGAAGAAUCACACAGAUGUGUGGUUUGUGUUCCUGCCUGCUGCCCCUGUGGAGACGCAGGCUCCUGCCAUCCUGGCUCUGGCUGCCCUACUCAUCCUUCUGGGCCUGCUCUCCACAGCCCUGCUCGGCCACCUGCUCUGCUUCCACAUUUAUCUCAUGUGGCACAAGCUCACCACCUAUGAGUACAUUGUGCAGCAUCGUCCACCACAGGAGGCAAAGGGGGCCCACAGGGAGCUCGAGUCAUGUCCGCCGAAGAUGCGGCCCAUUCAGGAGAUGGAGCUCUACAUGCGGACCUUCAGCCAUGUGCGCCCAGAGCCCCCUGGCCAGGCCAGGCCUGCCGCAGUGAAUGCCAAUCCCUCCCGAUUCCUUGCUACCCGCGGCCAAGUGGAGCCUCCACCGCCCUCCUCCCCAGAGACUCUCGCUCUGCCCCCCCGGAUACGACCCCAGAAAAAGAGGAAGCGGCGCAUGUAUAAGGUACCGACCUCUGGGACCUUGAACCGAGAGCCCCAGUUGCCCAGGCUGCCGGGGCCCCGGACCCCCGGCCGCCGCUCCAGCUCGUUGUCGGACUCCGCGGACGCCAGCCCUGCAGAAGUCUAUCACUCGGCGUCUGGCGAGUCCUUGGACGAGAUCCCAGUGGCUCAAACGCGGUUAGGCAGCGCCGCUCUGGCCGCCCCGGUGGGUAGGCCCCGAGAGCCCGGGCUGGCGCUGCAGGCGCGUGCGCCCGCCGUUUUCGUGAGCCCGAGCAGCGGCGAGCCCCGCGCGCGGGGCGGCCCCGAGGCUGAUCUGGCUUAGCUGGGCGAAGAAGCAGGGAUGGCGGAGGAGCGGCGGGACCGACUCUCUAUGCAAAAACCCCAUCCCUGCCGCACCGAGUGCACUUUAGGGGCCCCUAAGGGCCGGCGGGAUCGGCCCCACUCCCCACUCCACUACUCAGCAAUACCCGCCCAAUCAGCUGUGAUGCUCCAAUAAACUUUUUUAUGCUUUUGCGGA